UGAUAUAAAAGUCAUCAAAACGUUUCAAAAUUCCCAGUUGGAACAACGUGUUAGUUGGAAAGAAAAUGAGGGUCAUAUUUUGUGUGGUUGCAAUUGUGGUAGGAGUUAGUACGGCUGAACGUAAUGUUAUUCCGUCUAAAGCGGUAUGCGCUACAUAUCCGAAUGAAGAGUUUGCAAUCGAUUUACAUAGAUGUCAAAAUACUUGUCAAUAUUACGGUCGAAAAUGGGACUGUCCAUUGAACUACAAGCCAUUCGGAGACUGCUACUGUAAAAUGGGUUUUGCCAGAAUAGCCGAUGAUUAUGGAAAAUGUGUUUCUGUGAAGAAUAAUGCGAAAUGUGUAUCCCAAUUGCCAAUUCAACCGGUGUCAUGCACUGGACCCAAUCAAGUUUAUAAAGAGUUCAUCGAUAUGAACGACAGGGAUGUGUCAUGCCGCACAUAUGGAUAUGUUGUGGAAGCAGAUUCAGGCAAACGAUGGGCUCCGCAUUGUCACUGUAAGAAUCGAGAUUUUAGGAAGUUGAGCGACGGUACAUGUGUACAUGUUAGUAAUCCACAAUGUGCAGCCGAAUAUGAACCGUCAGAAGAACGAUGCUCGGCAAUCGGUCAAAUAUUUGCAAUGAAUGCUCCAUGCCAGGCUGCAGUCAACGGUGGAUUAAACUGUCCACCGCCAGGUCCUACAUGCGUUUGUCCCAACGGUGAAGUCCAACAGAACUACGAAGAAAGCUAUUUCACCCAAGAGAUCAUAAAUGGAGAAACAACCAAUGUUUGGCAUGGGGUUCCGAUGAUGAGAUGCGUACAAGAGAAUUUCUAUUCUUUUACAACGUCGGCGCCAUUCGGUAGAUAGUGAUUUAGUUGUAUUGAUGGAAUUCAGUUUUGUGUUUUUAACACAAAUAAAGGCGUUUGAUUUGAA